AUGAGGGAAAUUCUGAGCAUCAGCGGGGAACCCGUCUUCGACGAUCGCAUCGUGAAGAUCGAGAGUCACACGUACAAUCCGUACGCCAACACCACUUUCGGAUACAGCGACGAGAUACGAAUACCCAUACAACAGCAGGACCUAUUCACGCUGCCGUGCGAGAGUUUUCUCUACGUCGAAGAGAUACGUUACGAGCUCGAAGGCGUGGAGAUCGAUCGUAAUCGCAACAUAGGAAUAACGAGCACGAUCAAGAACUAUGCGUCGUUGACGUCCGAACGAGGCAAGAUCUUGAAGAACGCCGGAUGGGAUCUCGCAAUCGGACCGAGCGGCGUCGCGUCGACGGGCGACUUCAACUUCUGCGUUCUUCUCGACACGCUGCUAGAUUUCUAUGAGGAUUACAGACGCGUCGUCAUCAACGCGCGUCACGAGCUGAUUCUGAUAAGAGCGCGAAAUGACAAUUGUCUGAUAUCGCGCGAGGAAUACGAGCCGAGAGUCGAGCUCGCGAAGAUACAGUGGCGCGUGCCGCACGUGAGCACGACCAAACACUCGUGGGCCGUAAAAGCGGCCACGCAGUUCGAGAAACCGUGUUACGUCAUCUUCGCAUUGCAGACCGGAAGGAAGAACGUCCUGUUGCAGGACGCUUCCAGAUUCGACGCGUGCAAUCUGACCAACGUAAAGUUGUAUCUCAAUUCCGACUUCUAUCCGUACGACGAUAUGAAUUUGGACUUCGAUAAGAACAAGAUCGUACUGUACGACGCCUACGCGAGAUUUCGACGAACGUAG